UGGGGCCACACACUCGCGGCUAGUUAUUUGCGAUGAACAGGGAAGCGCGGUUGCUCUAACCAGUGGUCUUGGCACAAAUCAUUGGAUGGUCGGCAUACCGGAAGUCGCACGACGAAUUUCCGAUAUGGUGGAGCGUGCCAAGGAAGAAGCUGGCAUUGAACAGGAUGUGCGUCUAACCAGUUUGGGAUUAAGUCUGAGCGGUUGCGAACAGGAAGCCACAAAUCGGGAGCUUGAGAAGGAAAUGCACAACGCUUUCCCCGAUAUUUCGGAAAGUUAUAUAGUCUGUAGCGACACAAUGGGCAGUGUUUUCACCGCUUCACCAAUCGGUGGCAUGGUAGUGAUUAGCGGCACAGGUUCAAAUGCUCUACUACGUAAUCCCGAUGGUAGCACAUAUACGUGUGGUGGCUGGGGACAUUUCAUGGGCGAUGAGGGAAGUGGUGAGUACCAACAAAAACGAUUAUACACGUUAUACACGUUAAAAACUUAACAGAUUAAAAUGACGUAUUUUGGAAUGAUUUUUCCUCAUUCCUUUCAAAGUUUUUUUUAAGGAUAUACCUCGGUUUGUACCUCAAUUUCGCGUUAUCGUUUGAAUAUAGGCGUAUAGGUUGGUGAAUUUUUGAUUAGGGCAUAGAUUCCUAUGAAUCUUUAAGCUAUUUUCGAAUGCGUUAAAACUUUACGGGGAAAGUUAUUUUAUGCCCAUAUGAAGAGAUAAUACUCAUUAUGGUCUGUUUGCAGGGUUUUCAGGGUGUACCAUAAAAUUU